ACCGCCUCAUUUCGAAUCGGUACAGCAUUUGAGAGCGGGAGUGCACACAUGCUUGGUAGUUGUUUUGUUAAGAAAUCAACUUGUUUUAUGUUCAAACAAAGUUUGUUUAGAAAAGAAAAAUGAUUAUUUUUUCGUCAACUGCGGGAAUAAAGUUUUUUUCGUGUUUAGUUCAGCUAGUGAUAUUUUCUAGGAUUUCCGGGUAUAACUUGGACACGAAAUUUCCUAUCUUUUAUGAAAGUUUACCUGGAAAUUACUUUGGUUAUUCUGUUGCUCUUCAUCGUAAUCGAGAUGGACCCAUGGCACUCAUUGGAGCACCUCGUGCAAAUUCUUCAGUAUUAGGUAAUCAACUUCAUGAGCCUGGAGUAAUCUAUCGCUGUGCGAUUGCAAAUUAUUCAAUAUGCACUGAAGUUAUUUUGGAUAGGAAAGGCAAUACCCAAAGUGACCGUGGCAAUGAUUUUUCUUACUAUGAUAAAAAGGACAACAUGUGGCUUGGAGUCAGUUUAGAUAUUCAGCAAAAUGGUGGUCAGAAUGAUAUUGUGGCCUGCGGGCAUUUGUGGAAAAAUCAAUUUUACCGUCAACAUUAUUUAACAAAUGGAGUAUGCUACGUUAUUGAUCGUGAAUUGGACCCUAGUAGUGUAACGAAACUUGUCCCCUUUGUGGAUAAAUCCAAACAGUCUUUGCAGUCGAAAAUUUAUUAUUUUGCUUUCGGACAAGUAGGAACAUCUGCUACAUAUUCUGAGGAUGGAAAGCAUUUACUGUUGGGUGCGCCUGGAUUUUACGACUGGACUGGUACUGUAGUUAAUUAUCCCAUAAAUUACACACGAUUUUAUGACCAGUAUCGAGAUCCUAUAAUACCUGAUCCUCCUGUCGACCAAAAUCCUGAAUCAUAUAUGGGAUAUUCUAUCACCUCAGGCAAAUUUUACGACAACAAUGAAACGUAUGCUGCCGUUGGUGCACCUAGGGAUGGUGAUAGUCAUGGAAGAGUUUUCAUAUUCAAACCUACGAAGUCACCUUCAAAUAAGCUACUUGUUCAUCAGAAAAAAGAAGGAACACAGUUUGGUGAAUAUUUUGGUGCUGCUGUUCUUGGUGUUAACCUAAAUGGCGACCGAUACGCUGAUCUACUUGUUGGAGCUCCUUUCUCGUCGUCUGAUUCUGGUGGAGACGAGGGAAAAGUUUAUGUUUACAUAAGUAACGGGAUGGGGUUGCAGUUGUUUGCAGAGUUAUUCGGUGACAAUAAACCCAGUGCUCGCUUUGGUUCUGCUAUAGCUAAUGUUGGCGAUUUAAAUCAAGAUGGGUACAAUGAUGUUGCUAUAGGAGCCCCAUAUGAAGAUAAAAAUGGAGCCGUAUACAUAUAUCAUGGUUCUUCUGUUGGAAUUUACGUGCUGUAUGUUCAGAAAAUUUCUGCAUCCAGCAUCAGUCCAACUUUAUCUGGCUUUGGCAUACAGAUAUCUCGCGGGCUUGACAUUGACAGUAAUCAGUAUCCUGAUAUGCUUGUUGGAGCAUAUGCAUCAUCAAAUGCAGUUUUGUUCAGAGCCCAACCUGUCAUCCAGUUAUUUGCGAAGCUCACGUUUUUACCUAAACAAAUAAACACGAAUGUGACAGCCUGUGAGUUUCAGGGAAAAAAUGUAACUUGCGUAAAUGUGACUGCAUGUUUAUGGUAUGCUGGAAAGCAUGUUCCGUUAUAUCUCGAAUUUGAAAAUGAUUUAUUUGUGGAACAUCCUAGUCUUACAAAUGUAGUAACUCCCAGAGGAUUCUUCCAUCGCAAUAAUAAAGCUGUGCAUUCGGUUAAACAAAAAAUGAACUUAAGUAUUGGGAUAACUGAGUGUAUACGAGAAGUUUUAUAUAUUCGGCCAGAUAUAAAGGACGUCAUAACUCCAAUUCAGCUACUUUACAGAUAUAACCUGACUGAAGCGAAAGAGAAGAAUGUUGAAUUUAAUAAACAUUAUCCUAUUAUUGACCCUGCAUCUCCUACAAACAUCACUUCUGCUAUUACAUUCCAAACUGGAUGUGGAAAAGAUGACAAAUGUCUUUCUAAUUUGGUUGUUAAAGCAGAGAUCAUUGACAAACACAAGUAAGUCUACCAAAUUCUGAAUAUGGAAUUUUUGGUUCCUUCUGCGAAUUUA